AUGACUUAUUAUACUGUUGAUGAGAUGCUUGAUAUUUUUAGGAAUAAUGAAACAACAAUGCACCAAGAGCGCUUGAAAAACGAAGCUGCAGUUAUGCGUAUGUACGCUGAUGCAACAAAACAAAAAAAAUUCAAGAAAGGCUCGCAUGGAUCUAAAGACAAUUUACUAACAUUUCACCAAAGCGAUAGCAACGCUUUUGUUCUCAGUCAUUUAAGGAAAAACGCAGGAGAUGACAAAGAUCCAAUCAGAGACAUCAACUUAGAACUUAAUAUUAUCAAACCACAAAAAAUUAACGAGUCUGUUGAUAAAUUGUGCAAGUUUGAUCUCUCUAUGGUGCUUGAUUGCUUGAUUCAAAAGGCUUUUCACGCUGUUCAAAAUCCGGAACAACCUUCGAGCUUGAUUCCAGUCCAAAUUGAAUUAUUCCACAAAUUAUUAGCAAAAGAUAGCAUUUUUAAGACAUUUCCUGUUGAAUUAUAUAUAAAAUACGUCGAACUCCUCUCACAGCCGAAUUAUAGGGAUAACUGCAAGACAGUGUUAGUGUACUUAUCACAUUUAUUCGUCACUCAUGUCAUUUCGAGGAAAGAUUACGGUACAAUUUUAUAUCAACUUUGUUCUUACCCUACAUUACAAUAUGGACUUGAAUUAAUGGUCUCCGCGCUCACUAUUUCAGGUAAGUAUAUUGAUUCCCACAGAUUGAAAGAGUUUUUCUACUUUUAUCGAUACAUGAACAUGAAUUUACAGAACGUACCGUCAUAUACGCAGUACCUCAUUAACGAGCUCUUAUUUAUUCGCUACAAGGGCUGGUCUGACAAUGAAGAACUCAAAAUUAUUCCAGGAAAAUUCGAAAGUGUUCCAAAACCAGUGGAAUCAAUCAUUCCUCAAGCAGAGAAGCUCAUAGAAGAAAGGAAACAGAACGAAGCUCAGCAAAUUGCAGAGAAACAGUCUGCUUCUGCAAAUAAUUCGAAACUUACCAUAAAUCCACAGAAUUUAUCACAGAGCCAAAGCGAGAACGACAUUUCUCAGCAAGAUACACCUCAAAACCAGGAAGAUGAGCAACAAAUUUCAUCUGAUACUCAAUCAAUCGAAGAACCACAACAGAAUGACAAUGAACAACCAAACAAAGAACCACAGCCACAAAAUGAUGAACAAAUAGCCGAUAACAUUGAAGAUUUUGUUGAAAAAUCUUUUAACAACUGGUUAGAUUCAGGAGAACUCGCAGAUUUUACCAAAUUUGAUAUUGACCUUGUUAUAUCUACAACAUUACGUCUUUUCAAUCUAUUUAACAAUGAAAUUUCAGACUAUUCUGAUUUUAUUUCAAAAGUUUAUUAUCAAAUUGUUCCAAACAGAGAGGAUGCCAUCUACCAUAUCAUGUCAAACCUCUACGUCAUCAAAGAGCUUGCAGAUAACAAUGAAAAUUCUUUUGAAAUUUAUGAUAACCUCGGAAUGACACUUUUCAACUUGGCUCAUAUAAAAGACUAUAUAGGAGUAUACGAUGCGUAUGAUAUCCUUUCAAACGAAGUAAUUCCUAGAGAUAUCGGACUUAAUAUUAAAUAUAGCAUCUCGCAAAGCAUCAGAACAAUCUACGAUUAUGAGAUUCUUGAUGUCCCUGAGGGUGAUGAGGAUAAAAUCAAACAGAUUGCCCUUGAUGUUGUAAUUAAUGUUAAUUUCAACACACAAGAGAUGAUUACGGACAAAUUAAUCGAGGACACAAAUAACUUGCAACCACUUGCCUGCUUUAUUUUCUUCAAAUCUAUGUUCAUUAAUGGAUUUUAUGAUAGAACCCUCUUAGAUAACAAAGAACUAACAGAUUUAUUGGCUAUGACCAACAUGACAUUCAUGGGUGAGUUGGAUGCAAUAGUUGCAGAGGUUUCAAAUGCAAUUCCUGAAAUUUCUAAUGAUCCGGAAUAUAAGAAACUCUUUUAUAUAAAAUUGAAUUAA